UCCUCCCCCUUUCCCAGCCCGACAUUUAUAUAACGAUCUCCAUUUCACUUCUCCUCUUUGCACCAACUUUUACACACUCUGAAAAUGCAGAUGGAAGUCUUGAUUCCAUCUCCUGCUGCCGCCGACUUCCACUUCGACAGUGCUUCCACUUCCCCGUACAUAAGCGCCCCUUCCAGCCCUCAACGCUUCGGCAGCUCUUUCUACAGCGCCCCCACCAGCCCCACCCGCAUCUCCGCCUUCUUGCACGCCGGUGAUGCCCAUGCCCUGUCGGCGGUUCCUUUCGACUGGGAAGAAAAGCCUGGAAUCCCUAAAGCAAAAGAAGCCCACAUCAGUACUGCUACUUCUUCCAUUUACGGGGAUGCUGAAGAAGAAUUACAGGACAUAGAUUUCGCGUUUGAUUUCAGUGGGCAGUUGGAGAGGAGUUCCCUGUCGGCUGAUGAACUCUUUGACGGAGGCAAAAUUAAGCCACUGAAGCCACCCCCGAGAUUUCAGUACGAUCAAAACAGGCCCCUGGAUUCGCCAAAAUCGCCUCGUUCCCCCAAGAAGAUCAUUAGGGAAGCAUUCUCCCCCCGCCACAGGAGGAAAGAUUUUGACCCUUUCGCAGCAGCCCUGGAGCAAACCCGGAAAGAGAACGAUCAACAAAAUAUGCACGACAAGAGAGGAAGAGAGAGAACCAGCAACUCAUCCAGCACUGCUCCAGGCUCCAGAAAUAAAAACUCAAGAUCCUUGUCUCCUUUCAGAGUUUCAGACCUGCUAUUCGACCCUGAAGAACCCGCAAAGAAUCCUUCCACUACUUCAAACAACUCCUUGUUUUCCUCUUCCUCCUUCUCAUCUUUCUGGUACAAGAAAUGGAAGAUCAAGGACCUGUUACUCUUCAGAAGCGCAUCAGAAAGUCGGGCAACAGACCAAGAACAGCUCAAGAAAUUCGCAUUACUGAAAAAAACCCGUCAGGAUGACGUGAAGAAUUCCAGUUUCCGGUCGACAGACAGCGCUGGAUCAGUGUCGAGCAGGAGGCGGCCUGGAGGGGCUCCAAUUUCAGCCCACGAACUGCAUUACACAGUAAACAGGGCAGUUUCAGAGGAAAUGAAAAAGAGAACAUUCUUGCCAUACAAACAGGGAUUACUGGGCUGCUUAGGCUUCCAUCCAACUGUUCCUGAAAUCUCCAAAGGCCUCAGCCCGACGGGUUCUCUGCCUCGAGGGUGAAAAAUCGGAUCAAUUCCUCGCAAUCCCUGGUUUUUGCUUCAUCUUGUAUUGUUUUCAGCUUUUUUCCUUUAUUUUCUUUUAUUUUUCCAACUUUUUACCUGUCCUGGUAAGUUUAGAAAUUUCUACUAUUAAAGCAUAAUACUCUUUUAUGUAUAUGAAAAGAAUUCAAUUUGUUCACGUAAUAUUAAUUUAAUUCCUCCCAUA